GAUGUUAAUGAAACUGCCAAGGCAAAGUUCAACAAUGGGAAGUAUUUCCACAAGCCACUAAACAAAAUGUCUUCACUGCCAUCCAACUUCACUUUCCGAGGGCAGAAGGAAGUGAUUGAUGCAUCUCGAAAGGAGCACAAUACUCCCCCAUCUUCCCCUGGAACUACAGACAAGCAAGGAGAGGCAGCGUACACAAUCCCAAGUAUAAACAUUAAUGGGAUGGGCUAUGAAGUAGAGGGGGAACCCUCCACUACACAAAUGCCUCCAUUCUCCCAUGAAUCUGACCUUUACAAUCCCAACGUGAAGAAACCGUCACCUGAUGAGCCUGAGAACAAGGUCGCUAUCACAGAUCUUCGUCAAGUUCCACUGGAGCAGCACCACGGGGGGGCAAGACCUAGGUCAAGCCCUCCUUCACAAGAACAUGUAGAAAAAGAAGAUGAAAAGGUAGUAACUAAUGCAGCACCUUUAGCAGAAACAUGGGAAGGAGAUGAUGAAAUUAGUGGAAGUGAGAGUAUUGGGCGGGGACCUAAUUCGCCAAAGCUUCAAGAACCUGGGAGCCCUUCAACACAGCAGGCUAUGAGGCAAUCUCGUUGGUACAACCGUCGAAGGGUAAGUAAUGGGGGUGGGCGCAAGGUGAGCUUAGAUGACUCUCUCACUCAGUCGCUGAUGGCCAGCUUUGAUGUGCCAGAACUUGGAGGACAUUUAGAUAUGGAUUCUACUUCAUGCUCAGUGUGCUCUAGUGAAGAAGCAUCAGCUAAUUCCCAUCGGUCAUCAGGGCCCUCUCCAUUGGCAACAACAACAUCUGGACCUUCCACAGCAUUGGAUAAUACCCAAGUUCUGAGUCCCUUCCCACAAGUACUUCCACCACCACCAAAAGUUUUUGCUGACGAUGAUGAUGAUGAUGAUGCUACAUUGGCAUCAAGUACAGACUCUUUUACACUGGAGGGAUGUCCACCUGACUUGCCCUCACCUGAUGCAUCCUCUGGUGAUGAUGCUGGAGGUCUUUCCAAAACUAUAUCACCACAUUCUUCCCCCUCUCCCCAUUUAUCUUCUCCUCUAAGUGAUGCACCUCCUAUUUCAUCUAAUAAAAACCUUAAUAUUCAUUCAUUAAAUUCUCAGAGUUCCUCUCUCUCCACACAACUAUCACCAACUGCAAUUUCAGAUCCACUUCCAGCACCACAAUCCUCUUCAAUGGGUGAACUACCACAUUAUGUGCAUCCAUUUAGUUCCCUUGAUGAACUAAGAGUUGCAGGGUAUGUCCAGGCUUCUUCUCACACCUCUAGUCUCAGACUGAAAGACUCCCACCCUUCCCACUGUGAGAGUAGCCAGCCUAGGUACACAGAAACCAUUGGGUUACAGCUGGGAGUUUCAAAGCGUUCCACAUCUCAUUCUGGGUCACGUGGAUUUCCAGCUGGACAGAAAUGUUACAUACGUGGACGGAACCAAAGUAGACCCUCUGGCCCCAAGUCCUAGUGGGAAUUGUGCUAGUAGGGAUUGUGUGCCAUCCAAGCUAGUGAUUGCCAAAAAAAAAGAAAAAAAAACAAUCUGCUCAUGAAGUUCUCAGUUGAUGUAUUUGAGCACUUUGCUGUGUGCCAGAUGUUACAUUAUCAAAAGUGUUGCCAAAUAUAUAUUAGGAUGUAUUUGAAGUUACCUAUGUUUUUUAUAUGAAACUCAGUAGUGUAUACUGGCUUUAGAACAUUUGGUGGUAAUGACAUAUGAGUGAUAUCAUCCCAGAGAUUAGGUAAGUUGCAAUAGUCAAGAAACUCCAGUUACUGUAGAAAACAAGUGCUUGCAGUGGGUACAGAUUUUGCCCAGCUUAUCCUAAGGUUCAUAAACACAUCAUGGUCAUAUUCAUGUUAUUAAUUUGUUAAAGUCCUUCAUUGUCUAUUGGGUCAUGCAUAAUAGCAGUUAGUUGCAUUAAUAUUAUGUAUUGCAUUAUAACUUGUAUUGUGUGUCAGAUAAAUAUAUAUCAGUGAAGUUGAAUAAAAGAAAUUAAUAAAACUGGAAAAUGGUGAAGGCUGUAUAUAGGAUGGAAAGUUUAUAAAGUUUUAUAGUUGUAAUAUAAGGCAGAGCUGUGAUUAGCCAUACAAAUACUAUAAACCAAUAAUGAUAGCUUUACUGAAUAUGUACAGAAAAUAUACAGUUAUAGAGCAAAUAAAUUAUUUGAGAAAACUAUCAAGAAGCCACCAGGGCCCUUUGGCCUUAUACCUUCAGCAAUAUCCUUAGCAGCCAACAUUUAAAGAUGACUGCUAGUUCUCUACAGUGUGAGGAUACAGAAUUUCAAAUCACUGUUUAGUUUAUGUUCAUUGCCUACUACAUUUCAAUCAUUCUUAUAGCUCAUUGUUACAUAUCCACAUUACCACAACCUAUCCUUUUUAUUGAAAGUAUUUCAUCGAUUUUAUUGUGAUUAUUAUUUCUUAUCAAGUCCAGGGGCUAUAUAAACAUAAGUAAGCCAAUAUUGUUUUCUCCUGGUGGCUCUGUACAGACAUUGAAACUGAGUGAUGCAACUCACCCCCAAAGCUUGAAGCUUCACAUACGGUUAAUGAAACAAUUAAAUAUCUUCAUUCAGAUCUUGGCCAUUUUGAUGACGGGCAGAUGUAAUGUAUCAUACCAUAUAUUAACAUCUGAACAGUUCAAAUCUCGUUCAGACAAUCACAUUGUAGGGAUAGGAGUUAUGUCUAGCUGGUGACCAUAAUGGUGUUCAGUGACCUAAGAUUUUUCUUGAGUAAGGUGGUCAGCUUGAGGUGAUAAAUUCUACAUACAAGUUGUUGUUGGUCAAUCGUAAGUAGGGCUUCAGUUUUCUGAGUUGUCUUUCUUCUUUCGUCUUGUGAAUGAUAGGUAUAUAUAAGCUCAAACAACAAUUGAGAAGCAGAGAAACAAUAGCAAUUUAUGGAUAGUUUAUCAUUUACUAUAAAUACCAUAUAUUUCAGGUGACAGAAAAACUGAUUUAUUAAAUUGAUUACAAAGAAGUGGACACGUACAUGCAAAACCUUUUAACUCAGAUGUUGUUUCAGAAUGUAUAUUAGAUUCAAGUUAUAAAUUGUUUGUGCUAGAGGCAAGCUGUAUUUUCUGUCCAUUUUGACUUUUCAGGUACUAUAAAGUUUUGGUAACUGUAUCCUUAAGAUAGUCACAGUGAUUUAAGGUUGAUAUGCCUUAAUCUUGUCAUUGUAUGGUGCUAGAAUAUGAUUAUUGUGGUACAGAACUGAUACAGUUACCGAAAGUUCAGAAUGGGUAGAGAACAAAGCGUACAUCAAGACACUGCUAUUUUUGUUUUUGUUUGUUAUUUGUGCAUUGGAUCAUCACCCCCUGCAAUAUGUAGUAAAAUGUUUUAAAUUCUUUGGUCAUUUAUGUGACAGGAUAGUGUUGUAUCACUUGAGAAGUAGAAUUUCUUCUUUGUAUCUUAUGUUUUGCUUGUUUAUUAAGUUGAACUUCAAAACAUACAUUGGCAAAUAAUUCAUUAUGACCAUAGUAACCUAAAGUAUUGUGAUGCCAUUAAACUUUUUUUUUUAAUAGAAUAUCCUCAGUCCAGCCUAAAUACUUAACAACAUUUAGUCUCCUGUGCAUUCUUUCCAUUCCUGUUUUAGCACUAUAGACAAAAAACUUUCCCAAUUGGCCAUAUACCAUCAGCUUACCUUUAAUCCACACUUUUAAUGAAUUCCUGAAAUACCAUCUCUUUCAGUAGCUUUUGACUAAUAACCCGCUACAUUUUGUCCUUUUUGAAGAUCUAAACCUGCCUGAGCCUUACACCUUCUUAGGAUGUUCUUAAUGAGGUCCUUCUUUUGUAUGAACUUUGAGUGUAUUGUGAGUCAAAUUCUCCAGCAAAAUGCCAAAUCUUUCAUGACAGCAUGGUGACUAUGUAGUGAUGUCAGUAUUUUUACUGCUGCUUUAUUGGUCUGUUGAAUUAGAAAGGAGAGAAAGUGUAAAGCAUUUUAAAUGAUAUUAUUAUAUAUAUCUUGUAAAAGUUAACUUCUGAUAUUUGGAUUAUUUGCUGGGGAUAUCUUUAAAGGAUAAAAAAAAUCAUGCACUGUACCUCCUCUAUGCAUACUAUUAAUCACUGGCAAACCUUGAUUGGAAUUGUGUAAUUUGAAAUUGUUGGCCUAUCUUUUAUUUUACCAGUGAAUUAAUUUCUAUGGGCAGCAGUCAUACUCAGUUAUGGUUCAUAAUUUACCAUGGAAUUAUUAUUGAAGAUUGCUUUAACAGCAAUGUAAGAUAAUAUAAUGUGCACUGUUGAUUGUUUACUAUAUAGUCUAUUUAAACAUAAUCCGAUAUUUAGGCAAUAUAAUUUUCCCAUCAUAACAACUUGUGCAUAUGAUUUACUUUAACAAGCCUUACUUCUAAGCAAAAGAGUAAAUUUCAGUUAACAAAAUUCUUAAACAUUUUUAUGUUGUAAUUUUGGUGUAUGGGUGAUAGCAUAGAGCAUUUAUGGAAAAAUGCAACCUUACAGAGAAUUAAUUACAAGGUAUAGCUUUUUUCUACAGACCUGUUUAUUUACAUGUAUAUGGAUUUUAGAUUGAAUUUCAUCCAUAUUUAUAACAUUAUCAUGAUGUUUGAUUAAUAAAUGUUUGUGUUCAUGUGUUAUCAUACAACAUGUGUAUGUUCAUGUUUGUGCUUUCCUACAUAUAUUUGUAUAUAAGUAUAGAGCAAGUCUUUUGCUAUGUUUACAAUGUAUGAUAAAAAGAUGUACUUUGGAAUGCACUGGUGAACAUGGACCUGAGUAUGUAAAAAUAUUGUUUUAUUUUUUUAUAAUGUUAAAACAAGCUUUUUAUUUGAUUCUUUUAACUUUUUUUUUCAAAUAUUCAGAACCUAGAUAAAAGAGACCACACAUGUACCAAAUACCACAUGUAAACCAGAGACCACAAAUGCACCAUGGUCCUGGGGCAUCACCCCCCCCCCCCCAAGAAAAAAAUGGAUUGAAGCCCCUGCCACAGACCACAAAUGAACUAGAGACCACAGAAGCACCACAGAUCACACAUGAACUAGAGACCACACAAGCACCACAGAUCACACAUGAACUAGAGACCACACAAGCACCAUAGUCCUAACACAUGAACUAGAGACCACACAAGCACCACAGACCACACAUGAACUAGAGACCACACAAGCACCACAGACCUAACACAUGAACUAUGAACUAGACACCACACAAGCACCACAGACCACAUAUGAUCUAGAGACCACAAAUGAACUAGAGACCACACAUGCACCACAGACCACAUAUGAACCACAGACCACAUAUGAACCACAGAACACACACACCAAACCACAUACACACCACAGAUGCAUGUGUGCACACUUACACACACACACACACACACACACACACACGCACAUGCCUUCCCCCCCCCCCCACACUGUAUUUUUUAUCGGUAUAUUCAAAGGAAUUCCCUCUUAAUUUCUAUAUUUACUUUUGAAUAUUAUAAUUUCUAAUAUAAAAUUAUGAGAAAGUAAUACAAUAUUAGAGUUUAUCAUACCAUUUGUAAUUACAUUGUGUAUUAUGAUGUCAUGCUGAGAGUUUAUUUAUAGGCAAAUGUAAAGCCAGUUCAAUGAUAAUCAAGAAACAACUGCUGCCCGCAAUGGUAAGAGUCAGUAGCUUUUUUUCUCUCUUUAUUUCCUAAAAUUUAUGCAAACUACUGAGAUAUUACUUAACAUUGUUAGUCUUGAUGAUUUGAAAAUAGAAUAUAACAUUUGGUGAGUAUGGAAUAAUUUAUGCAAUAGCCACAGUUUCAGAGCAAGCUCAAAGUAACCAUUUUCAUAUAGGUAACAUUAUAGAUAACCAAAAUAAUGGAAAAAUAAGAAACACAUUAUGUUCUACUUAUUGAUAGAAAAUGUAUUACUGAUUCAGAAAUAUCAGGCAGAUUACCAAACAUCUGUAAGGUGUUCAGCUAUUCACAAUUUCCAGCACAUUUCUCUCUUUUCUCAUUCACUGGGUUAAUAUGUGAAAGACUGGUGGAAGGCAAGUGAGAAUUUUCUUGUUUAUCAUAUAUUCAUCAAUAAUUGUGAACUUAAUAACUUGUCUCUGACAGCUUGAUUAGGAGCUUAAUUAUUUUUCUAAAUAAGGUAUUUUGUGUUGCAUGUCAUUCAGAUUUGCUAAAAAGAAAUUGUGAAAAACCAUGGUGUUAUUUUUAUGCAUUGAAAUUGUGCCUUUUUCUAUGACUCAGACUCGAGUGAUGGCAAGAAAGAUGAACACGUUUUUGAAAUCAUAUUUUUUACUAUCCAGCCUAAGCAAACUUUCUCAUACUUGCAUCUUUAAACCCAAUAUGAAGCCAAGAGAUUGAAUAUAUGUUAUUAUAAAUAUGUGGUAUCAACCUAGAGUUUAUCACAAGCAAGACCUUAGCUACUGAGCCAGUGAUGACAGCAGUAUAGAUGAUGCAUUUUGAAUCAUGUUCUGGUUCAAAAUUAUAAUCAGGAUAUCUUUUUUUUUUCUUUAUGUUUAUUAUUAUUGUUAAAGUUAUGAGUAGGUGCUGUUCUCAUAAUUUCUGCCAUUCUUCAUUUAUGAACUCUGUAAAUGCCUGAACAUGGUUUUUGGAACUGGAGCAAUAAAUAUGUCAUUUUAGAGAUGAGUAGAAGCAUUGAUACACUUUGUGGUUUGGGAGAAACAAUAACUUGUAUACAUUUAUCUCCGCUACAUAAGUUUUGUAGCAUUGUGAUAGAAUGAAACGUAAUUUUGAAAAGUCUUUUAGUAUUAGAAUGUUUGUAAUAUAGACCCUUUUUUGGUUGAUUGAUCUGUAAUAAGUUUUAUAGUGUUUUUAUCCCUAAGUUAAGAAUAUGACUGAAAUCCUCAUAUUGUAAUUAUAAACCUGUUCUUGGUUUAACCAAGUCUGUUGUGUAUAUUUUUAUCAUGAAACUUUAGAGUAUAUAAGUCAGACAGCUGGUUGUGCGAGAAGUGUAAUAUAUCCAGCAGAUGAAACAUUGUUUUCUUACAUUUCAUCUUCAUCCCUCAUAAAGAAAAUCCUUUCCAUUAGCCAGAACUCUAUCCCCUUUUGAGCAAGUCUUUAUCAUAUGCAGGAAACAUCCCUCUGACCAGAACCUGUUCUUCCUUCCAGUAUCCUUGCUAUCCAGAGCAUUCUUUCCUAUGACUUUCCUUUCCAAGAGAACCCCCCCCCUCAGUCUUAUUAUUUGCUUUAUUCCUUAAAAGUAAACUUGUACUAUAGAUAUAUGUCAGAGCUUAAUCACCAAACCUAUGUAUCCUCAAGGUCAUUCUUUUAUGAAAGUAUAUGUUAUCCCAUGAAUUUGUUUUUCCUCUCAUCAGAAUUCAUUACCUUCAUAACACUCUUACCCCUUCAUUAGAGCAUCAUAUAACCACCAGAGCCUUAAACUCUUCCAACAUGAUGUCAUAUCUUUUGAAGAUAUCUUGCAUUAUCUACCAGAACUCAUGUAGUGUCACAGAGAUCAAUGAUAUAUCCCUGUUAAUCUUUUUCAUAAAUGAAACAGCCUUCCAUGUUCAUUUUCUGUUAUUAUACUCAGUUAUCCAUUUUGCUGUCAAGUGAAAGUAUUAAAUAUUUGUUGCAGUCUAGUCAGUAAAAGAUCUUCCUAGUGUCAAAUAGCUACAAGAAAUUGUUGACAUUUGUAAAUGCAAUGUUACUAUAGUAACCCUAUGAAACUAGGCUAUCUAUAACUUUGCUGUAUUUAUUUAUUACCAUUAAUAAUUUACUGUAUUUUGGCAUUUACCUUACUUCAUAUACUUCAACUUCUUUUCUGAAAGCUUAGGAAUUAGCUCUCAUUUUGCACAUAAUAAAUGUCCUAAGUUCAUUCCUCCUUAUCCUUUUUUUGUAAGUAGCUUCUUGUAUCAUCCCACAACAGGAAACAACUGAUCGUCUCCAAUACUAACUUUAUUAAUUUUUCGAUGACAACUUUCUUUCUGUGUUGGGAUGCUAGAUUCCACCGGCACCAUCCAUUCAUAUAAUUUGCAUUUUUUCCCAUUUGACUUCAGAUGCAAACAUUGGAAGUCUUGUCAAGUACCAAGGUCAAAGGCCUUAAUGGUUGGUCAGAACUUGGUUGAGUGACAAGUGUUCCUUUCUUCUUAUUCUUAAGCAUUGGGUGACUUUCAAUAUUACAGGGAAAGAUAUUAAUAAAUAGAGAAGCUUGUGAACAAACCCUUGCAGUUGUAAUUUAGUAAUAAUUUGAUCUGUUUAAAUAUUAUAAGCAUCCAUAUGUUAAAAUAUUAAUAGAGGACCUUGUUCACAUUCUUCAAAAAAAAUAUUCUUUUUUACCUGCAUUUUGUCAAGCUCCUCAAAGAUGGUUUUUAAAUGUUCUGGUCUCACUCAUUCUAUGAUCAGGGACGCUCAGUUUUUACUUCUUACAAAAAAUAAAUGUAAAUAGAUUA